UCGCGCGAUCCUCCGAUCACCGCGUGCGUCCAAUAAACCACAGUGGAGAUUCGCAUUGUGACAUUGACGAAGAAGAUGUGACGGAAGAUCCAACGGCGACCUUGGCGGGAUGAUGGAUCCUAACGUCGCGAGUGCUUAAAUUCGCGAUAGCAGAUGACCAUGGUGGGACAGACGUCGGGAAGAGAACAGCACGGACUGCAGGAUCGCGCGGAUUAACCGAGAGAGAGAGAGACCAUGGCGAAGUGGAGAUGGGUGCUGCUGAUCCUGGCGACUGUUUGGACGCUGAGCGACGGCUAUUUGGCGGUGCUGUCGUCCAACACGCCCGCCGGCACCGUCGUCUUCGAGGCCGGGGUGCCGCAGUUGGGCGGCCGUCGCAAGUACGAGGCGUCCAGCGAGCGCACCGCCUGGUUCGCCCGGAAACUCCUCAAGGUUCACCCGCACACGGGCCGUGUGACUCUGGCGCGAAGUCUCAGCUGCGACGGCCUCCAGUAUCCGCGCAUCUUCACCUUCUACGUCGACUCGACGAGCUCGAGACUCGGCAGGCCCACCAUCGACUACUACAGCCUGCCCCUGAGGAUCCUAAUCAUCGGAUGCGGCAAUGAGAACCGCGACUUGGCGGCCACCAGAGGCUGGAUGGCGGAGACGUUGGCUUCUUACGCGAUGCCGAGUACCGACAGGUUCACCGAGGUGUGCCUGCGCGCGUCUCAGCUGGUGGCGGCCUUGCGCGACUUCCUGCCUCAAACAGCUCUGAAGGAAUGCGAGACCAGAUGGGGAGGCGUAGCCGACCCCAGAUUCCUCGUGGAGGGCGCCGCCGGGGACCUGGUCUCCGCCAGCGAGCAGUGCCUGGUAGAUCCGCUGUGGAAGGUCUCGGUCAGCAUGAACCUGCGUUGCGCCGGGGACUCGCGUCUGAUCGACGCCGAGCACCGGCUGAAGAUCGUGUUCCAUCACCGUCAGCUGGACGACACCGACCUGGGCAGGAGGGUGAGACGGGAGCUGAAGAACCAAUCGCCCUACUUCGAGCAGCCUCUCUACGUCGCCGCGGUGGAGGAGGAGAAGGAGCCGGGCGUGUACGUGACCUCGGUGAGGGCGAGGGAUCCUGAAAACGGCGCGGUCCGCUACUCCAUGAGCUCGCUGAUAGACGCGAGAUCGCAGGCGUUGCUGGCUCUCGACCCGGUCUCCGGGAGAGUGACGACUCGCGCGAGACUCGACCGAGAGAACGUAGAUGUGCACUAUUUCCGCGUACUGGCGGUGGACGAUUCGUUCCCUCCGCGCACCGGCACGACCACUCUCCAGGUGAACGUGUUGGACGCGAACGAUCACGCGCCCAGCUUCGAGUGGGCCGAGUACGACGCGUCGGUGCGCGAGGGCGUCCCCGUGGGCUCGACGGUGGUGACGGUGAAGGCGACGGACCAAGACACCGGUCGAAACGCCGAGGUGGAGUACUCGAUCGCGUCGACGGCGGAGGACGCGGCGAUCUUCAGAAUCGACCCGAGAUCCGGCGUGGUGACGACGCGGACCGGCCUGGACCGCGAGCGAACCUCGGCGUACACGGUCGUGCUGAGCGUGACGGACCAGGCGACGCCGGCGUCGGCGCGCAAGACCGCGAACGCGACGCUGGAGGUGCGCGUGCUGGACGACAACGACAACUACCCGCAGUUCAGCGAGCGCACGUACUCGGCCUCGGUGCCGGAGGACCUGGACUACACGAGGAACCCGGUGGUGGCGCGCAUCCGGGCGACGGACGCGGACGCCGGGGCGAACGCGGCGGUCCGCUACGCGAUAAUCGGCGGCAACACGCAGAACAGCUUCUCCAUCGACUCGAUGAGCGGCGACGUCGCCCUGGUGAAGCCGCUCGACUACGAGUCCACCAGGAGCUACAAGAUCGUGAUACGCGCGCAGGACGGCGGCUCGCCGGCCCGCUCCAACACGACGCAGCUGCUGGUGAUGGUCCGCGACGUGAACGACAACGCGCCGAGGUUCUACACCAGCCACUUCCAGGAGUCGGUCUCGGAGAACGUGCCGCUGGGCUACUCGGUGCUGAGGGUGCAGGCCUACGACGCCGACGAGGGCGACAACGCGCUGAUCCGUUACACGGUGGGCGCGCGCGACUUCACCGGCGCCUUCACGGAGAACUUCCCGAUCACGGUGAACGCCGAGACCGGCUGGAUCUACACGACGAAGCAGCUCGACCGCGAGCAGUGCUCGAGGUAUCAGUUCACGGUGAUCGCGUCGGAUUCCGGGGAGGAGGCCAAGUCGGCGAGCGCGACGGUGAUCCUGACGGUGACGGACGUGAACGACAACGACCCUUACUUCGAGCCGAAGAACUACGAGGCGGUCGUGUCGGAGGACGACCCGCCGGGCACGCCGGUGAGCUCGGUGACGGCCACCGAUCCGGACGAGGACGCCAGGAUCCACUACGAGAUCACGGGCGGCAACACGCGCGGACGGUUCUCGAUAGCCUCGCAGAACGGCCGCGGGCUCAUCACGGUGGCGCAGCCGCUGGACUACAAGCAGGAGAAGCGGUUCGUGCUGACGGUGACGGCGUCCGACAGCGGCGGGCGCACCGACACCGCCCUCGUCUACGUGAACGUGUCGGACGCGAACAACUUCUCGCCGGUGUUCGAGAACGCGCCGUACUCGGUCUCGGUGUUCGAGGACGCGCCGAUCGGCGUGACCGUGCUGGUGGUCAGCGCCACGGACUCCGACGUCGGCAAGAACGCGCAGAUCAGCUACAGUCUGGCGAGCGACGAACAGGCGGUCUUCGCGAUCAACCCGCAGACCGGCGCGAUCACCACCACUCGAACGCUCGAUCGCGAACUGGUGCCCUCGUACCUGCUGACGGUGACGGCGAGGGACGGGGGCGUGCCGCCGUUGUCCGACACCACGGACGUCGAGAUAUCCGUGACGGACGUGAACGACAACGCGCCGGUGUUCGAGGCGGCGCAGUACCACGGCUCGAUCCCCGAGGACGUGCUGCUGGGCAGCAGCGUGUUGAGGGUCGCCGCGAGCGACGCCGACACCGACUUGAACGGCCGGGUGAGAUACGCUCUGCAGGAGGACGGGGACGGGGCGUUCGCGAUCGAGCCCACCACGGGCAUCGUCCGCACCGCCAAGUCGCUGGACCGCGAGUCCGUGGCGCGCUACUCCCUGAGGGCGCUCGCCAUCGACCGCGGCUCGCCGGCGCUCUCCUCCGUCGUGCCGCUCCUCAUCAAGAUCGAGGACAUCAACGACUCGCCGCCGACCUUCGAGAACGACAAGAUCGUCCUCUACAUCGCGGAGAACUCGCCGAUCGGCUCGACCGUCGGCGAGAUCUACGCCCACGACCCGGACGAGGGCCCGAACGCGGUGGUGCAGUACUCCAUCAUCGGCGGCGAGGACUCGAACAGCUUCGCCCUGAACGUCAGGCAGGGCGCCGACCGGGCGGAGCUGAUCACCCUGGAGGAGCUCGACUACGAGUCGCCGAAGAAGAGAUUCGAGCUGGUGGUGCGCGCGGCGUCGCCGCCCCUGCGCUCGGACGCCCUCGUGCAGGUCCUGGUGACCGACGUGAACGACAACGCGCCGGUGCUGAAGGACUUCCAGAUCAUCUUCAACAACUUCAAGGACUUCUUCCCGACCGCGCCGAUCGGCCGUAUACCGGCGACGGACGCCGACGUCACCGACGAUCUCGUCUACGGCAUCCUCGCGGGCAACAACGCGAAUCUGAUCGAGCUGAACAGGACCUCCGGCGAGAUCCGGCUGUCGCCGCAGCUGAACACGAACGUGCCGCGGGUGGCGAGCAUGGAGGUGUCCGUGACCGACGGCGUGAACGAGGCGAAGGCCGCGAUGACCCUGUCGGUGCGGCUGAUCACCGACGAGAUGCUGCUCAACUCGAUCACCGUCCGACUGGACGACAUGACGGUCGAGGCCUUCCUCAGCCCGCUCCUCGGAUACUUCCUCGACGGUCUGGCGGCGAUCGUUCCGUGCCCGCGCGACAACAUCUUCCUCUUCAGCGUGCAGGAGGACGCGAACGUCCACGGCAAGAUCCUGAACGUGAGCUUCUCCGCGAGGAGGGUCGAGCCCGGCACGCUCGACGAGUUCUACACUCCGCAGUUCCUUCAGGAACGGGUCUACCUGAACCGCGGCAUCCUCGCGAGACUGGCGACGGUGACCGUCCUGCCGUUCGACGACAACCUCUGCGUGCGGGAGCCCUGCCUGAACUUCGAGGAGUGCCUGACGGUGCUGAAGUUCGGCAACGCCUCCGGCUUCGCCAGCAGCGACACCGUCCUCUUCCGGCCGAUCUACCCGGUGACCACGUUCGCCUGCAGGUGCGCCCGCGGCUUCACCGGCAGCCGCGAGGCCUACCUCUGCGACACCGAGGUGAACCUCUGCUACUCGAACCCGUGCGCGAACGGCGGCAGCUGCCGCCGCCGGGAGGGCGGCUACUCCUGCACCUGCCCGCCGGACUUCACCGGCGAGAACUGCGAGAUCUCGCUGGAGCGCGGCCUCGGCUGCUCCUCGCCCGGCGUGUGCCGCGCCGGCUCCCGGUGCACCGCCAAGAACUCGGGCGGCUUCACCUGCGAAGGCUGCCCGAUGACCGCGCUGGGGGGCAGCGUGACCGCCCUCUGCGAGCUGAGAGCGCGCAGCUUCGGCCCGGCGACCUUCCUCACCUUCGCCUCCCUCAGGCAACGCCACCGGCUGCAUCUCGGGCUGAGGUUCGCCACCGAGCUGCCGGACGGGCUGUUGCUCUACAACGGCAGGUACAACGAACGUCACGACUUCGUCGCCCUGGAGAUCGUCGACUCCCGGGUGCAGUUCAGCUUCUCCCUCGGCGACGAGGUGACUCGCGCGACCGCGAGCGUGCCCGGCGGAGUGUCGGACGGCCGCUGGCACCGGGUCGAGGUCUCCUACGUGAACAGAACGGCGACCGUGUCCCUGGACGAGUGCGACGUCGCGCUCGCUCUCGAGCACGGGGAGAGGCUGGGCCCGAGAUGGGCCUGCGCCGGCAGGAGCCAGCGGCUCCUCGAGGAACGCUGCGGACUCGUCACCGAGACCUGUCACAGGUUCCUCGACCUGACCGGGCCGUUGCAGCUCGGCGGCCUGCCCUCCAUACCGUCCAGCUUUCAGAUCAGAAACAAGGAUUACGUCGGUUGCAUCAGCGACCUCUACGUCGACCGCGCGUUCGUCGAUCUGAACUCCUUCGUCGCGGACAACGGGACCAACGCCGGCUGCCCCGAGAAGGCCGCCUUCUGCUCCUCCUCGCCUUGCAGGAACAACGGCAGAUGCCGCGAGGUCUGGUCCGGCUUCGUCUGCGAAUGCGAGGACGACUUCGCCGGGCCGACGUGUUCGGAGGAGGUCGGCAAGCCGUGGAGCUUCCACGGCGACGGCACGCUCAGUUUCAACCCGCUGCUGCGGCCGAUCCAGCUCCCCUGGCUGACGGCGCUCAGUCUGCGAACGCGAGCGCGGCAGGCGUACGUGAUGAGCGUGCAGAUCGGCCAGAACAGCUCGGCCCUGCUGGAGAUCCGGGAGGGCAGGCUGGUCGCCUCGCUCGACGGCGCCGACGUAAUUCGCACCGCCGGCAACGUCGCCGACGGCGAGUGGCACCGCUUCGAGAUCCUCUGGCAGAGCGGCCACGUGUCCUUGGACGCGGACUACCGCGACCGGCCGGUCACCCUGCCGCUACCGGCCAAGCUGCAGGGUCUCUACGUCGGCAGGAUCCUCGUGGGCGGGCCCGAUCAGCCGGCCAACGGCGAGCUGCUGCUGCCCUUCUUCGACGGUUGUCUGCAGGACGUGCGCAUCGGCAGCAACCAGAGCGUCCUCCAGAGGCCGACCGUCCAGGAGAACGUCGGCACCGGCUGUACCUCGGAGUCCGAGUGCGACUCCGACUGCCCGGAGGCGUCCGUUUGCGCGGCCAAGUGGCGGUCCAGCGAGUGCGUCUGCGCCGCCGGUCGCGUCGGCCGGAAUUGCGAGCGCGUCUGCGAGCUCGAGCCGUGCAACGGCGCCUGCGUCGAGGACGCCGAUGCGAAACGCGGAUACCGUUGCGACUGCAACUCGCCGGAGUACUCCGGCGACUACUGCGAGGUCAAGGCCGACCAGCCCUGCCCGGCGACCUGGUGGGGCUCGCCCGUUUGCGGGCCGUGUCACUGCGACGAGUCCAAGGGCUACGACCCGGCCUGCAACAAGACCACCGGCGAAUGCUACUGCAAGGAGAAUCACUACCAACCGUCCGGGCUGAAGGAGUGCAUACCUUGCGAGUGCUACGCCAUCGGCAGCUUCGGGCCGCGUUGCGACGGCGAGACCGGCCAGUGCCGUUGCCGCACCGGAGUGAUCGGCCGAUCCUGCACCGACUGCCCGAAUCCUUACGCCGAGGUGACUCUGAGGGGCUGCGAAGUAGUCUACGACGGCUGUCCCAGGUCGUACUCGGACGGCCUCUGGUGGCCGAGGACUCUCUUCGGGAUGACAGCCGUCGAGGACUGCCCCGGCACCGCCGAGGGUAAGACUUGCAGGUCCUGCGACGACAAGCUGGGCGGCUGGCAACCGCCCGACCUCUUCAAUUGCACCUCCGAGGCGUUCGUCGAGCAACGGCAUCAGUUGGCGGCUUUAGAGGCUAAGGACCUCACGCUCAACACUUACGUGGCCGUGAAGAUGGCGAAGGACGUUCACAGGGCGGUGAACGUCACCAGGGAGAUGUACGGUGCGGACCUCCUGGUGGCGGAAUCCUUGUUGGUAGCGCUGCUGCGUUACGAGGAAAGCUUGGUGGGGCUGAAUCUCACUCACAGUCAAGACAAGGAUUACGUUUCUCAUCUGGUCAGCAUUGCCGGGGCGAUAUUUCGAUUUAAGUAUAAGGAGAAGUGGGAUAAGAUCGGGCAACUUAACGGAGACAGUCCCGAUAAGGUGCUGGACGCUAUGGCGACGUAUCUCAAGACUCUAACGGCCUCUCAACACGAUACCUUCACCAGCCCAUUCGAAGUUGUCGACGGUAACGUUGUGUUAGGUCUGGAUGUAGUUACGUCGGAGAGUCUCUUCGGUUACGAGACCGCCGAAUAUAAAGAAGAUCCCACAUUGUCGACGGCGAGGCCUUCGGAAGCCGAUCGGAAGGUCGUUCUACCCGACACCUCGGCCUUCCUCAGCUCCCCGACGCACUUCGGCCCGUCCGUCAGUUUCCCCAAGUACAACAACUACAUGGCCGACCCAAGUAGAUUCGAUCCGCACUCGAAGAUCCAAGUGCCGCUCAACACGCUGGGCAUCAAACCGCUUAUGCAGGGCGAGCUGAAUGUGAAGAAUAGUCUCGCCAAUCGAAAGGCUGUGUUAAGUUACGUGCAAUAUAAAGAACUAGGGAAUCUCUUGCCGCAGAGAUUCGACGAUUCAGUGACGGUUAGAUGGGGCGUGGAAGUGGCAGUCGGCUCACCUGUCAUGACCGUCUCAGUGUUGGUCCCAUCGGAAAACGGUUACGAGUCCUUGACGGGAAUCCCCCUGCAGGCCCCGGUCCAGGUUAGACUUUGGUUGAACGAGAACGACGAUUUCAAGACCAGAACGAAUCCGCAGUGCGUGCAUUGGAGCACAGCGAGGGGGGUCGGCGAAUGGAGCCGAAUGGGCUGCACGACGGAAAUCGAAGACAGUUCCCUGUCCUUCGGCACUAUCGUCAAUUGCUCCUGCAUGAAACUGUCCACCUUCGCCAUACUGACGGACGUCCUCGACCUGGAAUACGUCCCGGAGCCCUCCCUGCUGGAAGAUGUGACCAGUUACAGCGCCUUCAUGCUCGCCCUGCCGCUGUUGCUGUCCGCUCUCCUCAUCCUCGCGUUGAUUCGCGGCGGAGGGACUAAUUCGAACAGCAUCCACAAGAACUUGGUUCUGUGCGUCCUCCUCGCGGAGACUCUGUACCUGAUCGCACUCAAAGCCAGAAAUCCCCUCAUUUCCAACGAGUUCCCGUGCAAGCUGACGGCGAUAGGACUGCAUUACUCCUGGCUGAGCACUUUCGCCUGGACCCUCGUCGACUCCGUCCACCUUUAUCGCAUGCUGACGGAGAUGAGAGACGUCAAUCACGGCCAAAUGAGGUUUUACUAUACCAUGGGAUACGGCCUGCCGGCUGUUAUCGUCGGACUCACCAUUGGCGUCAGGGCUGAUCAAUAUGGAAAUUUCUACUUUUGCUGGCUGUCGAUCUACGAGACCGUGAUUUGGUCCUUGAUAGGACCGGUAUGCGCGGCCGUGUUGCUGAACUUUUGCAUUCUCAUCAUGUGCAUCCGAGCAGCGUUCACUCUGAAGGAACACGUUAUGGGCUUCGGUAAUCUGCGAACGCUCCUCUGGCUGUCCGUAGCGUCGUUGCCUCUGUUGGGCUCAACGUGGACCUUGGCGGUCCUCAAUGCGUCCGAGAGCUCGUCGACGCUCUCGUACCUGCUGAGCGUUGCCAUCGUGGUCCACGCGGCGUUCAGUCUGAUCGGCUACUGCUUCAUCAACGGCAGGGUGAGAAGGAACCUGUAUCAGAGCUUGCUGAGGUGUAUCGGCAAGAAGACGCCUCUGCUGGAGGGGAGCAUGGGCAACGGGAGUAGCAGUCAAAACGUAAAUGGCCACUCGCGUUCAGCCUUGGCUUACUCCUCGACCUACAGCGGCGCCGAGUCCGUGUGCAGGAGAGUCCACGUCGGCGUCUCCACGAGCAGCACGACCUCGAGGAGUACGAAUAAGACGGGCUCGAGCCCGUAUCGCAGCGACACGCACUUGAGGCACACGUCGACGUCCACGAGCAACUACAACAGCGAUCGAGAUCCAUAUCUGUCGUCGAGGAGCCACAGGUCGGCGCUACAGUCUCGACAAGAAUCUACGGAGCCGAGGGGGCAGCGCAGAGAGUCGGAAUCAGACUCGGACGGCUCUCAAGCGGAAGGCGGUGGCAGGAGCCUGGACCUCGCCAGUUCCCAUAGUUCCGACGAGGACGACGUCACGUCGAGGUCGCACAGAAACAUGGGCGUCUCCACGCAGCAACACGUCGCCCACAGCUACCUGCCUAACAUUCACACCAAUCCCGCCGAACACCUGAACAUACUUUGCUCAAACGCCGAGCUGUUCCCUAAUAUCAAGCCCAUUUACGCUCCUCGAUGGAGCUCGCAACUGCCGGAAGCAUAUCUAUCGUCAAACGUGAUGGACGUGCGGGGCAGCCAAUGGUCCGGCGGCACCAUGUCGGACAACGCGUCGAAUAAGACGUCCAGUCCGAAUCCGCUGCCGUAUCCGGAAAUGAGCUCACCGCAGAAGGGCCAGCCGGACGAGAAUUACUCGGAGGGUGAGGAGAAGGUGCACCACCUGGCGGAGAAGUACCUGUUCCCGUACACCGCCGAGGAGGACCAUACGGUCUCGCCCACUCCGUACAUGCUGUCCAUGUCCUCGCGCAUCCUGGCGUCCAGCAUGAGCCACCAUUCGCAGAACUCGAAUCACGGUGAGAAUCUCAGCGGCUCCGAGCGCUACGGCAGCUUGAAGAGAGGCCAAAGCCUGCACAGCUCUCAGCACGACAACCUCAGCGGGUCCGAGAGGUACGGCAGCCUGAAACGCGGCGGCAAGAUGACGCCCACGGUAUUGGAGGACACGCCGGAGUACAUCUUGCCGAUGAGCGGCAGAAUACUGUCCAGCUCGUUGACCCACGACCUGCAGCACAGCAACGAGCUGGCGGCAUUGAGGCAGCAGCAGCAAUAUGAGCAGACUAUCACCGAGACUGAGAAGGAUACUAAUGCGGAAACGUCCGUCUGACGAGCUCCGUGCCACAAACGAGAACAACGUACAAAGUAAUUUAGCUUACGUCUAGCUUAAGCGUCCACGCGCAAUGAAGACUCGAUCAUCGAUAUACAUAUAUAUAUAUUUUAAGAAGCGGCCAUGACUGUACUUAUAUAUUUAGCCAUAUUAAUUAGCAUGUAUGUGUGAGUGCCUGUUCACAUUACCGCAUAUUACGCGAAGUCCAUCGGAGUAAUCGCGACACAAGAUGCAAACGUCACACCGGGAAUAUUUCUCGAACGAUCGAGCCGAUAACGAGCGACAGAAAAGUAGUGACUGUUUAUUUAACAUCUGUCGAAGCGAAGAUCGAUGGUGAUCUUAUCGUGGCACAAUCGCCGACGGCAGAUUUAGACUCGGUUUCUAUCGUCAAUCUGUCGUCAUAUUCUGUCAGCAGAUCCGGUAGUGUUUCUGGUAGCUGACUGCAAAAUUUACACCGUGCAAAAUUUGCUUCUGCAGGUUUGGUUAUCCGAACGAUCAAGAGAUUUUCACGUGGCGUAGCGCGUGAGAACACGAGAUGGGAGCUCAUUGACAGCUCAGUAAAGUAUCGAUUGACCGAUUUCGCGUCUUUAAAUCUCCCUGACGAAUCGUCGACUUGCGCACCUCGUUUCAGCACCGCACUCCCCAGUAAACACUAACUGACGGUAACAUCGAUAUUAUAAUUUUAUAUCGAUAUUACAAUUUUUCACUCGACACAAUGUAAGUGCAAUAUAACAUAUGGUUGUAUAUAACAGUUGCAUUGUUGAGCGGGAAACUGUAACAUUGUUGUAACGUUACAGUUGUUAGUGUUUAUCGGAGUUUCUUUUUUUUUUCGAUUACACCGAUCGGCCCGAUAUCGAUAUACUCGCGCUUGUUGUUACUUUUACUUGGCAGCCGCUCGGCUCCGAUUCGCGUAUCUCCGAUCUCGUGGAUGAUCGUUGUGUCGCGUAACGGCAAUGACGUGACGGAGGCACGGAAAACGAAAAUGAUCUCUAAUCAUUAUCGCAUAUCUCAUUAGUCUCAUUCCAUCUUAAGUUCUCUCUCUCUCUCUCUCUCUCCCUUUCAAGCUCAGUAUUGUGCAAUGUAUACAUUCCACUGUCUCUCUUCUCUCUAUCUCUCUCUCCCUCUCUCUCUAUAUAUAUAUAUAUUGUAUAUGUAUAAUUUUAGG